GAUGAUUUCACCUCCACAGCUGGCCCGGAUGCGGCGGCUCAAGACAAGGAGAAGGAGACAACCUCUACCACGGCACCUGCAGAUCUUCCCAAGGAAGAUGCUGCCGCCACAACUGGCCCCUUGGCAGCUGCUCCAGCAGAAGACAGGAAGGCAGGCUGCCUGGGAAGAAGCCGUGGCUGGAUCGACGGCCGCAGCAGCAUCGCCCGAAGAGAAGGCGAGACAACGUUGCAGUCAGCUUGA